CUGGGCUUUCCCUAAAUAAUAAACGAGGUAAGAAUAGCACUUACUAAUUGCCUACCAUAUGGGAGGCACUCAUAAAAUAAUAUUUAAUUCUUACAAUAACCAAAUAAAGAAAUUCUUCUUCAGAGGAGGAAAUGGUGACUCAGAAGUACAGUGACUUGCCUAAGAUCAUACAAGUAAACAUCAUUACUCCUUCCAGAAAGAAAUGUCACUAUGGGUAAUAACCAACUGACGGUUUUCCCCCAGAAAGCAUAUUUUCUCUUCAGUGUUUCAUUCUAAACAUUUAAGUGGUAUAAAUUACAUUACUAGAGCAUCUCAAAGGUUUAUUUAUAAACAUUAAUUCAAAGCACUCAAAUCAUAUAGUUCCAAAUUGUGUUUCAAAAUGAGCUCUGUUAAAGCAGUGGUACAUAUCUUAGUCAUUUUUGUGGCUUCCUGCUCUUCCUGUAACGCUAUUGAUAAACUUCCUCUGUUCUACAGAAACCAUUUCAGUGUACUAGAGGAGCAUGUUAGUCUGAUUUGGACCACCCCUUUACCUUUCUUAGCCAAAUCACCAACAUGACCUAUUAGACCAAGAAUUAACCAUUCUACAAAAGAAGUUAACAGCCACUGGUAAGGAAGAAAUAUUCCAAAAUGGAUCCCAAGUAUCUCAUCAUAAUUUUGUUUUGUGACUACAUGAACAAUAUAUUUUUCUCAGAGUCAAAGGCAAUAACAGAAAAGGAGCCACAAUCUGCUUUAGUUACAUCAUUAGUGCCAUACAUCUCAACUAAUUCUCAAAACACAACAGGAAAUCCUUUGGGUCAGCUAACACAGUUCAACAACAUUUCUUCUGGCCAACCAAUAUCACCUGCCAAAAUCAAUGCUGAACAACCAACACCGGCUGUUUAUGUUUCUUCUGGGAAGCCACCAGCUCGCACUUCUGGACAACCUGCUAACAUCAUCAGUCUACCAAUUCCAACAGUCAACACUUCCUUCCCACAAACAGCACCACCUGUGUUCACCUCUGCUAGACAACUACCACCAUCUCCCCACACUUCCACCAAACAAUCAAUGGAUGUCACUCCCCCUCAACAACCACCAUUACUUGUUCAUAAUUCUUCUAAAAAACCAAUGCUACCAACUGUUCAUAAUCUAUCCAUACAGCCAACAUCAACUGUUUACUUAACUAGGACUGUCAAUUUACCUAGGAAUAUACCCGUGUUCACCUCAAAACCUGCCAGUAACGAAAGAAUUCCACAUAAAACGAAUUCUAAUGCAAUAGCUGCUAUAUUGAUUGGUGUAAUUCUGAUUUCUAUGUUGGUAGCUAUACUCAUAAUUGUCCUAUGGAAAUGUUUGAGAAAACCAGUAUUGAAGGACCAAAACUGGGCAGGCAGAUCUCCAUUUGCUGAUGGAGAAACUCCUGACAUAUGUAUGGAUAAUAUUAGAGAAAAUGAAGUAUCUACAAAACGCACAUCAAUUGUUUCACUUAUUACCUGGAAGCCAAGCAAAAGCAUGUGUAUAGAAGAUGAUUUCGAAGUUAAGUUGUUUGAAUCAUGUGAAAAUAUUGGAGAUGACAACAGCCUCAAAACAGACAAAAUUAAAGAGCCAGGAAAUGGCGCAUCAGAGGACAGUGCUGAUCGGUCAACAAUUGGUACUGCAGUUUCUUCUUCAGAUGAUGCAGAUCUGCCUCUUCCACUUCCUUCUCUUGAUGUGGAAGGACAAGACAGGAACCAAUCAGACAAACCCACAAUAACUGCAUCUCCUUGUGCAACUGAUUCUACUUAUCUCCAACCAUCUCCAGGAAAUCUAAAUCAAGCCUAUGACGAUCAUAAUUCUGAGAUCAAACAACCAUUUCCAUCACACUGUGACUUACUUAACUUGCCCUUGCCACCAGAUUUUACAAAGAGUCAAGAUUACAACAAUGAGAUCCAAUGUCAGGAGUUCUCUAUUCUUCCUGACUCUGAUCAAGAUCUUAUGGAAUCCUUGCCACCCCCACCUGAAGAACUGUUGUAAAUACUACAACCUACCUUUUGGCUUAUCUUUCAUCAUUUAUGAAUCCAUCUUUGUGUGAUGAACUAUAUAAAACGAAACUGUAGCUAAUUUUGACUUCUACUCAGGAACUACCUGAAAUGUGCUCAAAGCUUGUGUGUGUAAGCAGAAUGUUCUUCUGUAUUACAGCGAGGUGUUUAUUAGCUUGGUACCUCUUUUUUUUUUUUUUUUUAACUCAGGACAUGGGUGCUAUU